UGAUAGACAUAUAUAUUUCAGUGUGCCGGCCAUUGCUGUGCACGUUGGUAAUUCUAUUAAAAAUUGGUUUUAGAAUUAUUUAAAACAAAUAAAAUAGAGCAGAUAUGGCCCAAAGUAAAUUAAACGAUCUCGCUGGCAAAUUUGGUAAAGGUGGACCACCAGGAUUAGGAAUUGGAUUAAAAUUAUUAGGUGUUGGUGCAGUGGCCGCUUACGGUGUUUCACAAUCUUUAUAUACAGUUGAAGGAGGUCAUCGUGCCAUAGUAUUUAACAGAAUUGGAGGCAUUCAGAAUGAUAUUUUCACAGAAGGAUUACAUUUUCGAAUACCCUGGUUCCAAUACCCCAUUAUUUAUGAUAUCAGGUCUCGCCCCCGCAAGAUAUCAUCUCCUACAGGUUCAAAGGACCUUCAAAUGGUCAAUAUUUCGCUACGUGUCUUAUCUCGACCUGACGCCUCACAAUUGCCAACAAUGUACAGAAAUUUAGGACUCGACUAUGAUGAAAAAGUGCUACCUUCAAUUUGCAAUGAGGUGUUAAAAUCUGUAGUUGCCAAAUUCAAUGCAGCUCAACUUAUUACCCAACGGUCUCAGGUUUCAUUGCUUGUCAGAAGAGAGUUAGUAGAGAGAGCCAAAGACUUCAAUAUUAUUUUGGAUGAUGUGUCAAUAACUGAAUUGUCUUUUGGAAAAGAAUAUACUGCUGCCGUUGAGGCCAAGCAGGUGGCCCAACAGGAAGCCCAAAGAGCUGCUUUCUUUGUAGAGAGGGCCAAACAAGAGAAACAGCAGAAGAUUGUGCAGGCUGAGGGAGAAGCUGAAGCAGCUAAAAUGUUAGGAGAGGCUAUGAGUCGAAAUCCAGGAUAUCUGAAACUAAGGAAGAUUAGAGCAGCACAGAAUAUAGCAAGAACGAUUGCAAAUUCACAGAAUAAGGUGUACCUUAGUGGUAAUGGUCUUAUGUUAAAUAUUUCUGAUCCUGAAUUCGAUGAACAGUCCAACAAACUGAUAAAACGUAAGAAUUAAAUCUUACAGUUGUUGUAGUGUGUAUGUAUGAUAUCUUUUUUUAAAAUUGUAGUAUAAUAAAGUGGAAUUUAAUUCUCAUACAUUAUACUAAGAAUAAUUAAAAAAUAAUGUAAAAAAUCAGAA